CGCGAUGGCUUCUUCUGCCUGUCGGCUGUUGUAGGUGGCUGUGGCUCUGUUGCUCUCCCCUUUGGCUCAUGCAGCCCCUCUGUCCGCGAGCACCACAGCCAACCUCACCGACAGACGCCAUGGAGUGCAGGUGAAUCAGAUGCAUGCAUCGCGUCAGACUCUCCUUGUUGCUUUCAGGUGGUGCGGCUUCACGAGCACACCGACACCGACACCGAUCAGCAGCCUUUCGCCGACGGCGUGAACUCGUGCGCUACUUCGAAUGUGCUGUGCCAGGAUCCUGAGCACGUCUGCUACAGACUCAUCUACAGGAAGGGGCGCAAGUGAGUACCACGGUGUGUCCGUGUCUCUCUCUCUCUCUCUGUCUCUGUCACUUUCUGUAUCGGUGUGGAUCCGGAUGGAUGGGCAGGCACGACAAAGGCAUCGCAAAGUACCUUAAUCGGGGCAAACAGCUCUCUGGCAAGCUCGGCGGGCUGUUUGCCCCGAUUAAGGAGUUCACCUUCGGCGUGUGUGUGAAGAACACCGACAAGGACCUCGACAACUGGUGCCCCGAGGCCAUCCGCAGCUCCCACUUCCCACCCGAAAUGAAAGGCAUGGAGGGCAGACUUCAGAAGCGGGUGUGCGAAGUUACUGAAAUCGCAGGAUGUUUCACCGGCCGAUGCGAGAUUCAGGUGCCGCGAGACGAACAGGUGACUUCUAAGAGGCAGAAGCACGCAGACACGAGAGCAGAUGUUUGUCGUGUGUUGUGUGUGCAGUGGGGUACCUUGUUCCUCUACAAUCAGGUCUACAAGCGGCUCGUGGACGUGUGGGGCUGGUCGGAGAUGAAGAACACCUGCAAGCCGGAAAAGUGCAAGCUGGCAUAGGCUAUAAGGUUCAGUAUUGCCUACAGCCUACAAGUGCACAGUGGAUGGGGAGACGGCACACAAGAAAGACAAGGGAGGGAUGCGAUAGUUGAAGCGAUGGAUGGAUGGAUGGAUGGACGCAUGUGCUUUCGGUCGCUGCCAAGAGAGUCCGCACGCACACACGCGUUGAUCUUAAGACAGACAUCAAUC